GUUUUUAUUUCUCUCCACCAGGACUUGUGUGUUGUUGGAGGGAGACGACUCACAAUCCCGGAAAUCAUUAAAAAAGGUACCAAGAAAAUCCACCCGAAGGUCGGCGACCGCGCUGAAAUCUGAUGGACAUAAUCCAAAUGAGCAGCAAAAUCGCAAAGCGGCUAAACGAGUCUUGUGAAUGAGUCGAACCUGAACAGGAACGCGCAGAAAUAUCAGGACCAAUCAUGUCCAAGGACGACACUUGCAAAGUGACGUCCGCCGGCAAACACAAGGAGCGCAAGCCCAAGAAGCCUCACUACAUCCCUCGUCCGUGGGGAAAGCCCUACAACUACAAAUGCUUCCAGUGUCCCUUCACCUGCAUGGAGAAGUCCCACCUGUACAACCACAUGAAGUACAGCCUGUGCAAGAACUCCCUGUCCCUGCUCAUCGAGUCCGACUGGCCCUACAAAAAGGGCAACAACGUCCCGCACCCGGACCAGCUGCGACCGUCACAGCAGGGCCUGCGUGGGGCCGGCAAAGAGGCCCAGGACCAGCGGGCAACGCGGACUGAGGAGGUGCAGCAGAGAAGUGUGGAGGAGGAAGCGGAAGAUCGGGAAAACCGGGGACAGGAAGAGGAGGGAGAGGAAGUGCAGACAUUGGUGAAAGAGCGGUCCGAAAAAGGGGACACCGCCGAGUGCAAAGCGGAUUCCGAGUUGUUUAUGGCCGACAUGCUCUCCCUGCAAGACCAGCUCCUGCGAGCACGCUCUGUGGAGGUGGAGGCCCAGUUGAAACACUACAAGACCCUAUCCAAGAACUGUAUGGCGGCACCCGGGUUGCUCUCAGACCAGUGGCGCCUCCUAACCGCCAGCAAGGCCAAAACCGAAGGCGCUCAGGCCCGAAUGAACAGCUCCAUCCCGUGUUAUCCUCCCCCGCCAAACCUGGUGGACUACCAGGACCCCGCCGGGCUCAAUCUUUCGGUGCUCGGGGUGGGCUAUCCCAUCGGUCCGAGUCUUUUCUCCUACAUGAACUCGGCGCUGCCUGCCACUCAAACCCACGCGCAGCUCGCCCAGCUCCCGUUCCUGGCUUCGGCCGCCCAGCUGAUUCAUCCGGCCUCCGGCAGCCACGCGGACAGAACCCUCAUCCCCCCGCGGCUCUACUACCCGUUCCUGUGCGAGCACAGCUUCGGACCGGCCUCCGGUCAGAGCAAUGCCAAUAAAGGACCCAAAACCUCCGCAAACACCGUCGAUACGUUUUCUUUAUCUGGUCUCCAGCCGAAAGUUAACCUGUGGAAAGUGCCUGCCCUGAGGCCUGGGGCCACAACGGUUUCCCCUGUCGGUCGGACGUCACCUCAGGGGGGUUCUUCUGACCCGGCCUACAGGCUGGGGGAUAAAGUGCAGGCUUCAGCCAAGGAAGGUAAAACUAGUUGGGGCCUCAAGAGGCCGGGUGGACCCGUAGUGAACCACGAAGCUCCUGUGGAAAAGAAGUCGACGACGGGCUUCGCUUUGGAUUUUCUGAAGAACAUCCAGACAAGUUCUACUCUAAAUAUGGCAUCGGACAAACUUAGUUCACAGAAUUUGCACCACAAGACCAGGUCAUCGGAACCCUCGUACACAGAUCAUCUCACCAAUCCAAAUCCUGAGGCACCCUCUCUACCUCCUUCUACAGGAGGGCACAGUAGCCAAGACCUACUGACCACACGCCCCACUGGGGACGGCGCCUCGGAAUCAGUGGCUGCUCUCCUCAAUGACCUCUCAAAGGCCUUACAGGAGUAUCAGGAAGCGGAGCGCAACAUCUCCCACCUGGAGAAGGAGGACCUCCCCGUCCAGCACCACCUUUGGGAGCACCUGAGCAAAAUCCGAAAUGAGCUCUCUCAUAUCCAUCAAGCUCUGGAAAGGACGGCUCGCCAGAGUGACGGCCCGUUGGACCUUUCGUUCAAGAGAGUCUCCGCCGACUCGAAGGAACUCGGCCUGAAGGAGAACACCGCAGUGUCGGACGAGGAGGAAGAGGAAGAGGAGGACAGGGAGGAAGAGGAGGGGAAAGCUAUGCGGGGCUCGCUGGAGACUCGGAAGCAGUCGUUGGACAUGCUGAUCAAGAUGAGUAAUGCCGGCGCGUCGGUGGUGAGCCCGGAAGUCCUGAGUCAGGGAGCCUUGGCCAUCAGGCACAGCCCCGCCGAGGCCUUGUGGCCGAGCAGAACCACCAAGUGCGAAGCCGACUCGAGCGUGCUGCUCUGCCCUGACGGCAGACCGGUCAUGUUUGCGGACAUCCCUCCUUCUGCCAAAGCGGCCAAAAGACCAUCGUCCAUACAGCGACUAGAGGGGCAGUGCCCCCAGAGCCCAUUGAUGGCCACAGACACUUAAUCUUUGAUUCCCAGUCAUUCAAAUCAUGGUACUCUGCCAAUUCCACAAACACACUCACACACACAAAAGAUUGUGUCUUCACU